AUGGUUUCUGCCCAUUUCAAGAAGCUAUCAUCUUACAUUGUAAAGAUUUGCAAAGGAAUGUUUACAAAGAAACUGGCAAAUACCUCAAAGAAGAAAGAGAGUAGCAACAACAAAAAAGAGCCGAAAACCUUUCCAGAACUACAUGCACGGAACCCAACAUUCUCAACUACAUUGAAAAGCACAGUCAAAAAAAUAUCCAAAUGCUCGUCAACACGCAAUAUUUCUCUUGAGGAGGAGGAUGGAAAAAACGACUGUUCCUCUCUCUCUCCAACAUUUAGUUAUCGUGUAGCAAUUGCCAAUGGACUACUCAAAAAUGACCUCUUACUAAACAAUAAUGAAUUUCAUGAGGUCUUGUCAGUUGACAGCGAUUACUCAGACUGUCUAAACGAGACCAAACUUGUCCAUAGAUUCGAUGAACAAAAAGCUUAUACAAUGCCAGUAAGAAGGAAUAGGAAGAGCUUGAUUAGUCUAGCACCCUCAGAUGGCAGCUCAGAGGGAGAGCGGGGAGAGCGUAGCAGUCUCCACACCCUUCGAUUAGGCGCUCUGAAAAAGUUGAGGAAAUGGAAGAAGAGCCAAGAAUGUGUGUCCUCAGAUUCAGAGGCAAGCAACUGGAGAAAGACUCUUGGCAUCAGGAGCAAAUCUCUGGACAGGGCUGGACGGCAACAGAAAACCACUACCCUGGAGCCAGGGUCCAGCUCAACAGGGUGUAUCAGUCAGACUCAGGAUGUGAUGGAGAUGAUCUUCAAAGAACUUCAGGGAAUCAGUCAGAUCGAGUCUGAGCUCUCAGAACUGCGAGGGCAUGUUAACGCCCUCAAAAGCUCCAUCGACGAGAUCUCCAGCAGUGUAGAGGUGGUACAGAGUGAAAUUGAGCAGCUGCGUUCGGGAUUCGUACAGUCCAGACGUGAGACUCGAGACAUCCAUGAUUACAUCAAACAGAUUAGCCAACAUACCAACAAAGCUACUCUAAGAUUUUUAAAUGUGCCUGAGGAGAAGUUUGAAAAAACCGAAGAGCUUAUUUAUCAGAUUCUGAAAGAGAAAAUGGGUUUCACUGAUGCAUGCAAGGCAUUUAAAAUUGAACUCGCCCAUCGACUAGGGCAACAAAGAGAAUGUUACAAUGCUAAACCUCGACCAAUUGUAGUUAUAUUUUCAAGCCCACAAGAUAGAAAUUUAGUUUUGAAAAAAUGUUAUAAGCUUAAAGGGACUGGCAUAUCAAUAUCAACUGAUAGUCUAGCACAUGAUUCAAAAGAAAGGAAGAACAAGGCAAUGGCCUCCUCACAGACAUAUGAAAGCAUGGAUAUCAAGGUUUCAGCCAAAGAUAAGGCUGAAAGUGAUGAAUGGGACUCCAUGGAAAGUGACAAAGAGCUAGAUGAAUUAAAUAAGAACAAAUAUGCAAUUGUGUCCAAACCAACUCAAAAAAGUAAAUCGGACAAGAAAAGGUCUCACAAUCACCGACGGUUGGCUGAUGAUACUGCAUAUUCUGUGCACUAUGCGGAUAAUAUAGCCUACGAUGACACUGACAAGCAAAGCAAGUCUUACUACUCUGACCUAACACCUGGGUGGCAGUCUCAGAGUGAUUAUUCUACUCCCAAACUCAGUCGGUCUGAAUCGGACUGUUCUAAACUUUGCCAGUCUUAUUCAGAGGACUUCUCAGAGAGUCAGUACUUCAGCAGAGUCAACGGCUGCUCCAUGCUCUCCUCCUCGGAUCAGGAGCUUUGGCAAAGAAAGCAAGAAGACAUGGCGUCCUCCUGGUAUGCUAGUCCUCCCAGUCAAACUCUGAGCCAAGAACAACCUUAUGUGGAACAUAAUGAAGUUGAAACCACAGAGACAAUUGACAGUGGUGUAAGUAAUGGUAUUGUUUGCAUAUCAGGGGACAGGAGCCAUUACAGUGGCUCACAGCUGUCUCUACAAGGUGACCUCUCACCAUGGAAAGAUUGGCAUCACCUUGAACAAGGUGCUGAUUCAGGUUUGGAUGCUUCAACUGAACAGAACAUAAUCUCAGAGAUCAGUAGCCCCUUUGACCCUGCAGCUAACCCAGGUUUCCCUGAGAAAAUUACAAAAUGCCUUGAGGUUGAUUUGCAGUUUGAAGGUGAGACCUUCUUGACACUAGAUAGCACUCCUGAGACAGGCCAAGACCAAGAUAUAUAUACAGAACCUGAACUUCCUGAAUCAGCUCCUCAAACUCUGCAACGACAAGAUGUCAAUGUGAACCACCUCCAACAGAACCAGAAAUCUUCAUCCAUGUACCGCAGUCAGAGUGAGAUCUGUAAUGAGAAAGUGGAGGACGUCCCUAAAUCCUGGAGUAGUAGGCUCAGCAUAGACCUCAGCGAGAAAUCCUUCAGCUUUGGAUUCGGAUCUACCCUGCAAAGAGCCAAGUCAGCUUUGGAUUUUGUCUGGAGUAAAGGUUCCCAGAGCACUGGUGCUCCAGUCGAAGAAACGAGCAACACCAUGGGCAGGCUCAGAACCUCGUCCCAGUCCACUGAAAAUAGUUCCAGCACAACCAUCGACUCUGAUGUCUACACAGAACCUUUCUAUUACAAGACAGAGGAGGAAGAACAAGCCAGUGAGCAACCUGUGGACAAUGAGACACAUUAUGUUGAGGUAAUGGAACAAGUGCUGGCUAAUCUCGAGAACCGAACAAAUGCCAACGAGGCUGAGGAACAGUACCAAGAAGAGGAAUACGACGUCUCGCAAGAAUAUGACAUCUUGCAAGAGGGUAAUCCUGUCCUAGAAUAUGACUGCAGCCUUGAUGAGCAAGAUGAUGAGGAAUACAGUGAGGAGUAUGACGACAAUCCCAUGACUGAAGACACGGCGGAGUACGAAGGGAGUUUGGUGGAGUAUGUUGAAGAAACAGAGGAACAGGAAGAAGAACCUGAGGAACAGGAAGAUGGAAUAGAGCAGACAAAGGAAGGUCAAGAAACAACAGGAACAAAGGAAGCAGCUGAGGUAAAAGAGACAGUAGAACAAGAGGACGAGAACAAAAAUGUUACAGAGGUUCCUGUGGAGCCAGCACCACCCAAAAAAAGGAUACGGCCCACCUUCAAAGAGGCGGCUCUGAGAGCUUACAGAAAGCAGAUGGUAGAGCUAGAACAGCAAAUCCUGGCGGGAGACAGCACAGCUCUGGAUACAGAGGGUAGCGCAAAUAUUCUGGAUCAAGCCAAACUUGGUCUGACCGGUGGUGGAGUUGGCAGUAUACUUUAUGGCAUUGACAGCAUGCCAGAUUUACGCCGCAAGAGGACCAUGCCUAUCGUCCGAGACCUGGCUUUGACCUUGGCUGCUCGAAAGGCAGGUAUUGCGUUUGGCCUCGUGAACAGAUCAACUCUAAACAACGAGGAGCUGAAACUGCAUGUGCUGAGAAAGACCUUGCAGGCAUUGAUCUAUCCCAUCUCCUCCACGACACCUCAUAAUUUUGAAGUUUGGACGGCAACAGCACCCACCUACUGUCACGAGUGUGAAGGGCUGCUGUGGGGCAUCGCCCGCCAGGGCAUGCGCUGCACGGAAUGCGGGGUGAAAUGCCACGAGAAAUGCCAAGACCUUCUGAAUGCAGACUGUCUUCAACGUGCGGUGGAGAAGAGCUCAAAACACGGAGCAGAGGACAAAACCCAAAGCAUCAUUAUGGCAAUGAAGGAACGGAUGAAGAUCAGAGAAAAGAACCGACCUGAGGUGUUUGAGUUGAUCCAGGAGAUGUUUCAGCUCUCGAAGGAAGAUUUCACCACCCAUCUGAAAACAGCCAAACAGGCCGUGUUGGAGGGGAUAUCCAAAUGGUCUGCCAAGAUUACCAUCACAGUGUUGUGUGCUCAAGGUUUACAAGCUAAGGACAAGACGGGCUCCAGUGACCCUUAUGUCACAGUGCAAGUUGGAAAGACUAAACGCAGGACCAAAACUGUUUUUGGCAAUCUCAACCCCGUCUGGGACGAAAAGUUCUUCUUCGAGUGCCAUAACGCCACAGAUCGUAUAAAGGUCCGCGUAUGGGAUGAAGAUGAUGACAUAAAAUCUAGAGUGAAGCAGCACUUUAAGAAGGAAUCUGAUGACUUCCUGGGACAAACCAUCAUCGAGGUGCGGAUGCUAAGUGGAGAGAUGGACGUUUGGUACAAUCUUGAGAAAAGAACAGAUAAGUCAAUGGUCGGGGCCAUCCGACUGAAGAUCAGCGUUGAGAUGAAAGGAGAGGAGAAGGUGGCUCCACCACACGGGCAGUACACAUGUUUACACGAGAAUCUCUUCCAUUAUCUGACGGAGGUGAAAAACAACGGAGUGGUUAAGAUUCCAGGGGUCAAAGGUGACGAUGCUUGGAAGGUUUAUUUUGAUGACGUGUCUCAGGAGAUCGUAGAUGAAUUUGCGAUGCGUUUUGGUGUGGAGUCCAUCUACCAGGCCAUGACUCAUUUCUCGUGUCUCUCAUCGAAGUACAUGUGUCCCGGUGUUCCCGCGGUGAUGAGUAACCUGCUUGCCAACAUAAAUGCUUAUUUCGCUCACACUACCACGGCAACCACCAACAUCUCUGCCUCCGAUCGAUUCGCUGCGUCCAACUUUGGGAGAGAGAAGUUUGUUAAACUCCUGGAUCAGCUGCACAACUCUUUGAGGAUCGAUCUCUCCAAGUAUCGAGAUAACUUCCCAGCAGGAAAUCCAGAGAGACUCCAAGACCUGAAAUCAACCGUCGACCUGCUAACGAGCAUCACCUUUUUCAGGAUGAAGGUGCAGGAGCUGCAGAAUCCCCCCAGAGCCAGUAUGGUUGUAAAAGACUGCGUGAAAGCAUGUCUGGACUCCACUUACAAGUACAUCUUUGACAACUGCCAUGAGCUUUACAACCAACUUCUGGACCAGGUUAAGAAGCAGGAUUUACCAAGAGAGGAACAGGGCCCGUCCAUCAAGAACUUGGAUUUCUGGCCCAAACUGAUCACGCUGAUGGUGUCUGUUAUAGAUGAGGACAGAACAGCUUACACACCCAUCAUUAACCAGUUCCCUCAAGAAUUGAACAUGGGUAAAAUUAGUGCUGAAAUCAUGUGGAACCUCUUCGCUAUAGAUAUGAAGUACGCAAUGGAGGAACACAACAAGCAUUGUCUUUGCAAGAGCACAGAAUACAUGAAUUUGCACUUCAAAGUCAAAUGGUUCCACAACGAAUAUGUUCGAGACCUGCCAGCCUUUAAAGGAAUUCCUCCGGAAUAUUCCCUGUGGUUUGAGCCGUUUGUUAUUCAGUGGUUGGAUGAAAAUGAAGAUGUAGCCAUGGAUUUCCUUAAUGGAGCUCUGGAGAGAGAUAAAAAAGAUGGGUUCCAGCAAACAUCAGAUCAUGCUCUCUUCUCCUGCUCGGUGGUGGAUGUUUUCACACAGUUGAAUCAAAGCUUUGAGAUCAUAAAGAAGCUAGAAUGUCCUAAUCCACAAGCCCUCGCUCACUUCAUGCACAGAUACGCAAAGACCAUAAAUAAAGUUCUUCUCCAGUAUGCGGCGAUCAUCUCGAAAGACUUCACCAACCAUCUGAGCAAGGAGAAAGUGCCUUGUAUCCUCCUGAACAACAUUCAACAGCUCAGAGUCCAACUGGAGAAGAUGUUUGAGUCUAUGGGAGGAAAGCAGCUGGACGCUGAAGCCAGUGAUCUACUGAAAGAACUGCAGAAUAAACUGAACACAGUGCUGGAUGAGCUCAGCGGGGUCUUCGGCUCCAGUUUUAAGCCGGUCAUUGAGGAUUGCAUCAAACAAAUGAACCAGGAGCUUGUGCAGAUAAAAGGAAAUGCUGGAAACAAGAGCAACGCAGCUAUGGAUGCAGAAAUUGCCCUGCGACCGCUCAUGGACCUCCUGGACAAGAACUUGAUUCUGUUUGCUAAGAUCUGCGAGAAGACGGUUCUCAAACGUGUUCUGAAGGAGCUGUGGAAAAUCGUCCUCAACACCAUUGAGCGUCAGAUCGUUCUGCCUCCACUGUCAGAUCAGACAGUGACUCAGAUGAUCUUCAGUGCUGCCAAGGACUUGGGUCAGCUCUCCAAGCUUAAGGAGCAUGUGAUUAGGGAGGAUGCUCGGAGUCUGAGCUCUCGGCAGUGUGCUGCCAUGGAUUUAGUGCUGCCAACCAUCAAGCAAUAUUUCCAUGCGGGGGGAAACGGUUUGAAGAAGACUUUCUUGGAAAAGAGUCCUGAUCUGAAGUCCUUGAAAUACGCCCUCAGCCUUUACACUCAAUCCACAGAUGCCUUGAUCAAGAAAUAUAUAUGCACCCAGACCUCUCAAGGUCAGUCAACGUCUGGAUCCAUUGGCGAGGUCGCUGUCCAGGUGGACCUGAUCUCACACCCUGGUACUGGUGAACACAAAGUCAGCGUGAAAGUUAUAGGUGUGAACAACAUAAACUGGCAGACGAACGUCAUGUUCCGGCCAUUUGUGGAGAUCAACGCCAUCGGACCGCACCUAGCUGACAAGAAACGCAAGUUUGGCACCAAAACCAGAAACAACAACUGGUCUCCAAAAUACAACGAAACAUUCCAGUAUGUGCUGAGUAACGAGCAUGGCCCAGAGGCCUACGAGCUUCACAUCUCCGUGAAGGACUACUGCUUUGCCCGAGAGGACCGUAUCAUCGGAAUGACGGUUCUGCAGCUCAGAGAACUGGCCGAAAAAGGCAGUUUGAACGCAAGCUAUCCACUCGUCAGGAACAUAACCAUGGACGAAACCGGUCUGACCAUCAUGAGAAUACUCUCACAAAGGACCAACGACGAAGUGGCCAAAGAGUUUGUACGUCUUAAAUCGGACACACGGUCAGCCGAGGAGGUGUCGUAAAAAUAAUCGCGGGGGGAAAAGAGCAGGGGGAAAAAAGCGGCAAGAAACAGAGGGAAAUCCCAACAGCGCAAGAUGGUUGUGUUUGUUUUUGUGCAUGUGUGUAAAACAUCUGUUGGAAUGUUCAUUUUAAACUACAAGUACGUACAAAAGUGUUUACCUACCGUAUGCUCUAUCAAAUAUUAUAUUCUAAGAAGUUUUGUUCAAGAGACGUUGAAUACAGUUUUGUAUGACGAUUAGUCUUUUUGAACAGAUAGUUAAUUUGUUCAGAUAAAGUGCCAAAACAGAUGACCGGAAAAAAAAACAAUAGACACAUAAACCCAUAUGAAUUCUCGAUGAAGUCUUUCUAAAUUUGCUUGAUGCUUUUGUCCAGUGUUUAUCAUCCUCUCUUUACGUGUGUAGCGGUUUCGUUUGACUUUUCAUUCGCACCCUACUUUUUCAGUUUUUGUUGCCUCGCCCUUUCCAUCUUUCACAAAGGCACUUGGUGGUGCAUGUAUUGUUUCCUUGGUGACGUCUCUCCCAUGUGUUCACAGUGACUGUGGGUGUCAGGUCGAACCCUUUCCCCUCUAACGUUUUGUAUUUUGAGCCGACUUUAAAAAGAAACCAUUUUUUUUAAAUGGCGAUGACUGCUAUGAAUCUCUUCAUAAGUGUGUGUAAUUUUAUAGCUGUUGACAACGAUGAAAUCCACCUCCCGUCUUGCCGGUAUAGGCAGAAAGGGAGGAAUGUUUUUUUAUUUUAUUUUUUUUAUUUUUUUUUUCAUAUUUUUAGUUCAUUUAUGUUGUUUAUUUUUUAAACAUAGGCUUCCAGCCUUUCUGAAUAAUCACUGUGAACAUGGGCUCUGGAACGCAAGCGUACAUCAGUUUUGCUGACUGUUUGAUAUCAUCUUUUAUUUUUUUCAAACAACUUUGAUUCUAAAAAAAAAAAAAUGCCAAAGUUAUAUAUAAAAACAUUUCAUACAAAAGCAAUCCAUGAUCUGUAUGAAAAUCAGUAUAUACAAUGUACACGUGUUACAAACGUAUAUGAAUUAUGUUUUUAGUUUUGCUAAAUCAUAUCUGAUUGUUUAUGGGCCGGUACUGAAUUUAAUUUGGGAUGAUCUUUGUGAGGUUGUUUUAUCUGAUAUGAAAUUUGUAAAUGUUACUUUACAAAAAAGGUAAAUCUAUUGCCAUCAUUUCAUUUAUUUUUGUUUACAGAGGAAAAAGUUUAACAUUUGGUAUUUAUGCAACAUUCUUAUGUAUUGCACUGAUGGCAAAUUGUAUGUCAUGUAAAUAUAUUU